CUGUAGCCCCGCCUCGAGUCUCACUUACUCUUUAGCGAUGUUAUUGUGUUAGAUUUUAUUAUAAAAAUCUAAAUUUUAGAUUUGAUGGAAAUCCAGUGCUUUGACCCUCCAUGCCUGUCCGGGUGUUUGUGUGAUUUCGUGCUGAAUUAAAUUUAUUCACUGAAGAAAAUAUUAUUUUUUUUAGUUGUAAAUAUGUACUCAACCUCGCAGUGCCAUAAGUGACAACGAAACUUUUAGAAUGAACGACAUGAACCUCAGCCCGGUGGGCAUGGACCAGCUCAGUGUGCCCUCCGUCAGUGCCAGUCAUCUGGGCCUUUCUACCUCACCCACUCACAGCCACAACCCCAUCACCACUCCAGGAAUGCCGGUUGCCAUCCCGAGCCUCGGUCCGUCUCUCGGCCCUCUGCCCUCGGCUCUGUCCCUGAUGUUACCCAUGGGGCCGUUAGGAGACCGAGGAGUCAUGUGUGGCCUUCCAGAGAGGAACUACACCCUGCCUCCUCCCCCAUACCCUCACCUGGAGAGCAGCUAUUUCAGACACAUCCUCCCAGGUAUUUUGUCGUAUUUGGCCGACCGUCCCCCGCCGCAGUACAUCCACCCCAGCAGCCUGAACAUGGACACCAGUUUGUCGGUGCCAAACAACAACCCUUCAUCCCUCGACCCGUACAGCGGCCCAGGUGGACAUUUAGAACAAGGCCUGGUAUCCAUCGACUCGCGGCAGUCCGACCUCCACCAGGGCGGCGCUCAUGAGGUGCAGCUGGACGCCACUGGGCUGGCGAUGGAGUCGCGCGUGAACAGCCCCAUGUCUCCUGACGGGAUGGGCGAAGAGCUGGCCACCAUGGACGGAGUGGUAGUGAGCGCAGAUGCGCAGCAGCCUCUCGGAGGCAGGACUCAACCCCAUGAGAGCCUGGAGGGUGGCGUCAUGGCCCUGCACGGCCCUGGACUGGAGCUGCCCGUGGUGAUGGAGCAGGAGCACAUGAGUGCACGUGUAGGGAGCAGCUCAGGAACUGAAGCGCUACACACUAACGGUGAGCUGAACUCUGGCGUGGUCAGUGUGGUGCUCACCGGGGCCAUGGCACCGCAGACUCAGCUCGAACCUGUCUCACUGCACAGCUCAGGCAUGGGCCUGGAGCCCGUAAACGUGUCCCCGAUCACCGCCGAGGUCUCGCUCGGCCCAGAUAACAGCCUCGUCCUGGUCAACUCCACGCUGCAGCUGGAGAACGCUGCCACAAACAAGGAGGGCCUGAGCACCGCGUUCACCGUCUGGUGCACUCUGUGUGAGCGCUCUUACAGCUCUGACUGUCCCGAACAUGGGCCUGUGACCUUCAUCCCAGACACGCCCAUCCAGAGCAGAGCCCGCCUCUCUUUGCCCCGCCCGCUGUGCCUCCGCGUGUCUGUGGCUGAUGAGCCCAACGGUGUGUUUGCGCGGGAGACGAUUCCCAGCAGGACCUGCUUCGGUCCGAUGGUUGGACAGCACUGCAGCAGCGUUGAGCUCUCCGACUGGACUGAGAAAGACACGCCCCAACUCUGGAAGAUGUUCCACAACGACAUUUUAGAGUUCUGUAUAGUGACAACCGAUGAAAACGAGUGCAACUGGAUGAUGUUUGUUAGAAAAGCAAGGACGACGGAGGAGCAGAAUCUGGUGGCGUAUAUCGAUAACGGGAAGCUGUUCUUCUGUACGUCCAGAGAGAUUCUCCCUGAGCAGGAGCUGUUCUUCUAUUACAGCAGGGAGUACAGCAGACAGCUGGGCGUACCUCAUGCUCCAGAAGGUCAAAUCUGCCACUGUGGAAAAGAAUGCACUUCUUUCUCAGAGUUCAAAUCUCACCUCAACAGCCACAGCCACAGCCCCUCCCAGGAAGACCCUACUCAAGGUGUCCACGGUCAGCCCCACCCCCAGGAGAAGCUGGCCAGCGAGGCCCCCAGUACCAGCGCGUCUCCAUCGUGGCAGUGCCAGGCUCAGGGUGAGGUUCAGUCCAGCAGCAGUGGAAAUGCACCGAGUCACGGCAGAGAGAGGAAGUUUAAGUGCAGCAUGUGUUCACGAGCAUUCACGACCUCCACCAAACUCAACGUGCACUUCAUGGGCCACAUGGGCGUGAGGCCACACAAGUGCAGCUACUGCAGCAAAGCCUUCAGCGACCCGAGUAACCUCAGGAUGCACCUGAGAAUCCACACAGGUCAGAAGAACUUCAGAUGCAGUGUGUGUGGAAAGUCCUUUACCCAGAAAGCCCACGUCGAGUCUCAUAUGGUCAUUCAUACAGGAGCCAAGAACAUCAAGUGUGAUCACUGUGACAAGACUUUCAACAGGAAGCAGGAUCUUAAGCAGCACAUGUAUUCGCACUCGCUCAACCGUCAGAUCACCUGCCCGAAGUGCAACAAGCAGUUCCUCAAAACGGAUCACUUAAAGAAGCACCUCAACUCCCACGACGGGAAAAGGGACUUCAUCUGUGAAAAAUGCAACAAAGGCUUCCUCACGAAAUACCAUCUGACACGCCAUCUAAAAAUCUGCAAAGGCCCAAAGAUAGGCAGAGGGGGCGCUCAGGAAGAGGAAGCCGAGGAGGAAGACGGGGAUGAGGAAGAAGAAGAAGAAGCAGACGAAGAACAGGAAAGAGAUUUAAGAGCAUCAGACCAGAGAAAAGAGUGUGACAUUGGCAUGGCAGGGUUUUCCUCAGAUAAGACUCUAUAACCUCUCACUGUGAUGGGUUGUUUUGUGAUUUGUCUCGCUGAAACUAGUCUUAUUUAUUUAGCACCCUUUGUAUUCCGUUUACAUUCUGAUUUACCUUCUGAUGUGCCAAAUUAUUUCUUCACGCUGGUGUUCAUGAAGAUGAAACUUGCUCAGCUGACCAGUGGCCAGAAGAAAACACACUGUAUCUGAAACACUGCCAUUUUAAUGUGCAUCAGUGUAUAGAAGUCAAUCGGUUCCUUUUUCGCACUUUUGCCUUUAUUUAUUUGUAUACUUUCCCUCAGUAAAGCCACCACACAUUAUGAAAUGUCAUUUAUAAAUAAAUUAAUUUU